AUGUCAGAGUCUCGGCAAAAGAGAAUUCGUGUUCAAUUUCCACCUUGUGUAAAAUUCCCUUUGGCCAAUGGUAGUGACGUUGUUGGUGGUGGUGACAGAGGUGGUAUUAGUGGUGGUGGUGACGGUGGUGACAAAUGUGGUAUUAAUGGUAGCAAUGUCAAUGGUGGUUGUGGCAAUGAUGGUGAUGACAAAUGUGGUAUUGUUAGUAGUGGUGAUGACACAAUGACGGUGGUAGUAACAUUGAUGGUAGUGAGGGUGGUAGUAAUGCUGGUUGUGAUGGUGAUGUUAGUGGCGAUGAUAGUAGCAGUAAUAGUAGUGUUAGUUGGGGUACCAAGUGGUGAUGAUGAUGAUGGUUGUGACAACAAUGGUGGUGAUAGUGACACUAAUGAUGAUGGUGGUCAUGGAGAUGACGAUGAUGGUGGUAUUGGUGGUGAUGGUGGUGGUGAUGACAACAAAAAGUGUCAUUGUCAAAUGUGA